CAGAGUAGCUUCCCUUUUGACAGUUCGUGACUUCUGGAUUUAGAAUCUAGCGUUUUAUCGCUCAGUGAUUUCUUCUCUGACUAGAGUAACAACACAAGAUAAACGUGGAAAAUGGCGUGCCCAGUUAAACUGUUUGUAUUUUUUGUUUUGAAUUGCCUGCUGUCACUGUAUGGAAGCGUCUCUGGAAAUAACGCGAGUGAAAUAGAGUCGUUCGGUGCUGAAGUAAACACCUCUCACAACUUACCAUUUUUGAUCAAAGAACGUGAAGAAAAACUGAUGUCAUUCACGCUGAGGAACUACAGAGGCGAGGUUUUUAGGAUUGUUCCAGUGUCUGAUAAUAUCGACAUUGCAGAUGUAAGAGCAAAUAUGACAGACACUUUGGAGCCAUUUUCUAGCAUGAAUUUCACUGCCAAGGUCAAAGGCAACUUUCUCGGACGUGUAGUGAUGAAAUUGUUCAUCAAUACCACCCCGGUUACUGAGGAAGAUAUGUACGACCUGGCAAAUUCUGAGGGAAAAGAAAGUGGCAUGGAAUGGUAUGAACUGCCGGAGAAGUAUGACAUCACAGUGAGUCGAGAUGAGAGUGCCCUCAGUCAUUCGUUUACAGGGAUCAUUAUCAUACUGGUGUGUCUGGCUAAUGUGGCAAUGGGCUGCAAGACAGAGUUGGCUGUGGUGAAAGAAGUCCUACAGAAACCCAUCGGACCUCUCACUGGAAUGUUCUCACAAUUUGUUCUAAUGCCGUUGAUAGCUCUAGGGGUGAUCUUUGCCUUUGAGUUUGAUCCUGCCAAUGCUCUGGGAUUCUUUGCCCUGUCCUGUGCUCCGGGUGGAGCAGCCAGCAAUGCUUACUCCUAUCUGCUAGCUGGGGAUGUCUCUCUAAGCGUUACCAUGACUUUGUGCAGUACACUGCUCUCUCUAGGUAUGAUACCGCUGUGGCUGUUCACGGUGGGCAGCAAGAUGUUGUACCACACCACCCUGGAAAUUCCCUACAUGAGCAUUUGUACUUCCCUGAUCGGCCUGCUCAUUCCAGUGGCCAUCGGCAUGCUGCUCCAGUGGCGCAAACCAAACUGGGCAAAGUACGUCGUCAAGGCUAUCCGUCCCUUCAUGAUUAUUUUCUUCAUCUUCAUUUUCACCGUUGGCGUGUACGCCAAUCUCUACAUCUUUACCCUGAUGCGAAACAAGCCAGAGAUUCUUCUAGCGGGCGCUCUUGUUCCGUACAUGGGGUUUGUCUUUGGAGGCUUGACGGCUAUCGUAACCAGACAGAGCUGGCGCAACAUUCGAACCAUCGCCAUUGAGACGGGGAUCCAGAACACAGGCAUAGCGAUAGUGCUACUGAAGGUCUCUUUGCCCCCACCUGACAACGAUAUCAGCAUUGUGGCACCAAUUGCAGCAGCCAUCUUCACACCCAUACCAAUGGUUGCUGCUAUCAUUGGCUAUGAGAUCUACAAGCGCUGCUACAAGAAGAAGCAUGUGGCGUAUCUCGAUGAUCAUGAGGGAGAGAGCGAGAAUGAGAUUGUCAAGGAUACGACUGAGCAUCACUACGUUGAGUUGAAGGAGAACAACAAUGUUCAUGUUGGUAUUUAGUAAAGCCAGGAUGUAUUUCCACAUAUGCCAUAAUUACCAGUAUAGUGUCUACACUAUUCAGUGUUUAAUUUUAAAUGUUAUGAAUAUUUUAUAUUUGUAGUACAGUUAAUUACUAAAUGUCAUACAAAAAGUAACAUACAGGAAAGCCUUUUUAAAUUUUAUUGCAUCAUUUAUUUUUAAAUAUUUUUGCGAAUCGUAACUGAAAAACUGUGUAUAUGCUUUUCACAUGGUAAAUGGGCAAUAGAAGUACUUACACAUAUUAUUUGCUGGUGUUGUUGUUAUGGUAAUUUAUGAACACACUUUUUGUUGCUCUGUUUUUGAAGUGCUUUACUUCUUACUAAAAGAUAAAAUCUAUAUGUUAUUCUAACUACUUGGUAUUAUUGAAUAUAUUAUGUGAAAUUUAUGGGUUCUGUUAACUUAAUAAUAAUAUUUGGUUGUUUUAGAGUCUUAGUCAACUUGAUGAAUAUUAAAAUUCUUAAUAUAUUCUUUAAUAGUCCCUAAUAAAACUCAUGCCUGUGAAUAACUAAACAUGUAAUAGUUUAUUAAAAUGAUUGUAAUGGCAUGUUCAAUUUUGUUGUCGGUAUACUACUCAAUUAGUAUGUAUUCGCUCUGUCCCAGCUGUUGAAUGUUAAUUAUGAUGCAAGACUGCUUAAGCACAGGUUACAUUUGUGAUUAGCAUAAUAAACAAUUCUUUUACUGUGUACUUACCAUGUUAAUAACAGCAUUUGAAUACAUUGAAAUUAGAAUGUCUUUGCUGUUGAACCAUUUUUUUUCAGUGCUUUCUAUUUGGAUCGAAAGCCUGUCUUCAAAAUGUAAAUUUAAUAUUAUCAUUAACAGCUUAAAAGUGUGUUCCUGUUGGUAUUGCUUACUGUUAAGAUAUUUGUGUGUUAUGAUUGUAUUAGUUUAUAUAUGUCAGAAAAUGUAUUAUUUAAUGAGAAAAGAAUUUAAAAGUAAUUUUUUUAAACAUUGAAUUAUUAUUUAUGGCCUCACCUGUCUGAUGGUUUCUCUUGAGCAUAUAUGACUAACUAAUGGAAGCGUGAUAAAGUUAAAAAGACAUUUACUGGACAUGAUAAACCUAACAUGAUGGAUAAGUUUAUUAUUAAGUAAAAGACCCUAAAAUAUUGGACUGUAAUUUGCAAAUUUAAAAAAACAUAUGGAUAAUCAUUUUUAAAAUUUAAGUUGAAAACCAGGGAGUGAAAUAAGAUAUGCCCUACAUAGUUAUCUGGAGCUCUGGCCUCCUUUUAAAUAACAUACUGUCUGAAUUUAUGGGCAUAAUAGAGUUGUAUUAUUUUGUUUCUUGAUUAUUUUGUAUCUUAAUCUCUCGGAGUAAAUCAUUAUAAUAAGUAGAUAUUUAAAUGAAAUUUGUCAUGUUCGAACAACAUAAUUGUGUAACCAUAACUUGAACAAAAACUUCUGGUAUUCAGAACAUGCCCUUGUCUGACAUGUGAGACAAACAAAAUGUACCAAUGAGCCUUGCUGACAGAUACAUAACCAUUGUAACUUUUACUAAAUUAAAAUUGAUAGGCCUUAACUGGAUUUUACAAGCUUUUGCUUGUCUACAAGUUAAUGUGUGGUUAGUUUUAGUGCAUCGCUACUUAUUUUGUGGUAAAAUAAGUAAGAAAUUAAAUCAGUAAUAAUAAGCAGCUAAGUUUGAUUUCUUAGAUUACUACAAUAUAACUGUCUUGACAGUAAUCUGACAUUACAUUUAGGUUGAAGCAUUUCCUACAGUGUUAUCACAGAUUUGUUGUAGGUGUCAUUGUGUAAUACAAUUGAGUGACUUGUGAAGCAUGUUAAGAAUUUCUCAAAUGUAAUUAUUAUUACAACUUGCUAUAUAUUACGACAUACAGCGUCCAGGAGGGAAGGUAUUUGUCAUUACCACGACAAGAAGCUCUAGUUUGUUACAUACAAUAUUUGAAAAGACAAAGUAUCACCUUUAAUGAAUGUUUUUGUCAAUGUUAGUUACUGUGGAUUCAGCCAUGUACAUGCAAUAUGUUUUAGUUUAAAAUAAGUUUAUUCCUGAUAGUGAAAUACAGUUUACUCUAAAAGUAGAAGAGAAAUGACACACAUUUUCACAGCUAUGUCAUAAUAUCAUGAUGUGUGUAUUUCAUGUAUCAUGAAUUCAAAAAGUAUUGUCAUGCUUUUUACACAACAUUACCAUCAACCAAUAUUUGUUCAAGUUAUUCCUUUAUUUUCUAUCCUUAUUUUUAUGGUAGGAACUGCUUUAUUUACAUGAAAUAUUUUCAAUCUGUUUUGGAAUUUUCUUUUUUUAUUGCAUUUAUUACAAACAGCUGCGUCUAUUUGUGUUCCUGUAUUUUUCAUGUAUAUUUGAAAGUGAUAAGCUUUUUAAACUUUAAUCAAAAGCAUUUUUAUCUAUCUAGUCAUAACCUUAAUGUGUAAAAUUGUGGAUGUGUGUUCAGUCGAAACAUCAGGUUUAUGUGAUUAUAUUGAAAUGAUUAAUUUUACUGAAAUAAUAUGCUUACAAAAUGAUGACUGCUGUUUAGAAAUAAAUAAUUUCACAUUUCAACAUGUUCUAACAGACUAACACCUUUAAUCCAUCAUCAUCAAUGACUGCAAACAGAUAAAUCUGCCCUUCAGUAUGACUAUCAUUGAUUUAUGUCUAUAUAAUAUAUCAUAUCCCUUUCCCACUUAGAUACAUAUUUUGACGUGUUUGUAGUUCCUUAGAAGGUUAAAUUUAAUUACAGACUUCUUUCUAGAUUAAAGUUUUAAAGGCUUCAUUUCCAACCUUUAGAUACUGAUGAGCAGCAAGCAACAUAAAACCUGAACAGACUGUGAGUUACUAACAGGCUGUAAUGGUUUUAUGCUGUUUGCACAUAGCCAUUUUCACUUAGCCUUUGAGUGGGAAAGGGAUAUCAGUAUCAAUAAAUUAUUCCAGAUAAUGUUGUCAAAGCAAUGGUCAUUUACAACACUUAUCUCUAGCUGUAUACUUGCAUUUAUUCAUAUGAGCAGUGUUCUGAGAAAACUGGGCUUAAUGGAUGUGCGUAAAGUGUCGUCCCAGAUUAGCCUGUGAAGUCCGCACAGGCUAAUCAGGGACGGCACUUUACGCUUAUAUGACAUUUUUCGUUUAAAUGAAGUCUCUUCUUAGGCUAGCAAAAAUCCAAUUUAGGCGAAAAGUGCCGUCCCUGAUUAGCUUGUGCACAGGCUAAUCUGGGACGACACUUUACGCACAUGCAUUAUGCCUAGUUUUCUCAGAACACAACUCAUAUGACAACAAAGUCUACUAGUCGGUUGACAUUAAGUGAUUUCAUUGAAGUGUAAAAUUAAAGCUAUAAGAGGUUUUAACAAGGCUAGCAUAAUAAUUCAUUGUCAGCUUUAUCUGUUAUAAAAACAAUUUCUGCUGGUCGUGAUGUUUUGCAUCAAUGAUCUUAUAUAAGUUAUUAAGAUAUUCGGUUUACUACAUGUACAAUGUCUGUGUGUACAUCACGCUUUUAAAUAAACUUGUAAAAUGCCUGCGGGCAAACUUAAACGAUACAGUCGCAAUAUUUACUGUGUUUAAAGGGAAACCAUGUUUUAUGUUUAUAUUCUUAUGCACGUUUAGGCCUGUGAUUUUAUUCCAUGAUCAUAAGAAUGUAAUUGACAGUAUAGUAGAAGGCCCUCCAUAGUUUGUUGGACACUGAAUUGCCUUUCCCUCAUUAAUAUUUUUUUAUAUCUGUUCUUUUGUUCUGUCCAACAGGUUUACUUGUAGCAUCUUUUAUAUUCUAUGAAAUAGCAUUCCCAUUUGUUGAUAAUUUAUAAAUUAUUUUUUAUCAAAUCAAUGAAAACAGAUUUUCAGAUUGCAUUUAGGACCGAUCAAAUAUGAUGAACUUGUUUACAAUAUUUGCCUUGUGGUUAAGAAAUCUAUUAAAAUAUUUAUUAACUUGGCACAGGGUGCUUUUUAUUGCAAUGUUACAAAAGCUUUUAACAACGAUAAUGGCCAGAUGCCCUUUAUUUACCUUAAGUGCUUCAGCACUAAUUGACUUGUACACAACAGGGUUAGAUUUUACCUGUAUUUACAAAUCGUCAAUUGUGUGCUGUAUCUUAAUUUCUAUAGUUCAACUUUACAGGCCUAUGUUUCAUGUUGAAUUGUGAGGGUUGGAAAGGAAACUAGUGGCGAUAUAUUUGAGGGUUGCUGGGAGAACUAGGCUUCAUGCAUGUGUGACAGGUUUUGUGAGUGUCCUCCCAAGUAAGGCUAAGCUGGGGCGAUACUUUGUGUUUUUAUUGAAAUGUUUUGUUUAAAGGAUGUUAAUUCUUAACAAAAAUCAAUCUAGGCGGAAAGUAUCAUCCCUGAUUAGCCUUUUCAGACUGCACUUGCUUAUCUGGGACGACACUGUACUCACACGCAUGAAGGCCCGUUUUCCAGAGCAAGGCUCAAAUAUAUGAUUGGUGUAUAAAUAGUGCAUGUUUUUACCUGUAAUGGCAUCUUCAGCAUCUUGCGCAUUUACAUGCAGCGGAUUUACAUCAUGCACAUUUUAUUAUUUUAGAAGUUGCACAGAAUGAUAGAAUCAUUAUGACUAGGAUUUUAUACAUUAAAUCAACAGAACCUAUUGGUCAUUGAAAAAAGCAAUAGCAGAUACAGUAUUUUUAUGUUAAAAUUAUUGUACUGAUUUAAAAGUGAAUAAUUGUGUGCUUUGAAUAGGUGCUUGUUUUUUGUUUCUGUUUUGAUGUUGAGAUUUUAAAGUUAUGUUAAGUAUAUGCUGUUGUGGUGUUGGUGCUGUUGUUUUUAUCAAACCUGACCAUUUUCAUUUUAGAAUCACUAAACUGUUAAGAUUAAUAGGACUUGUCCACAGAUUGGCAAAAUGACAAAAAAUUAAACAGGCAAAAUACCACUAUUGACAAAGAAAAAUGGUGGUAUUUCAAGCAAUGUUUUGUUUUUGGAUUAUCAACAAUCAAAAUAAUAACAUCAUUUUAAAAAAAUGGCCUUUAAAAAAAUAUGAAAACUGGUGAACAAGUCUCUUUAAUAUAUGUAUGUUUGAUAAUUUUGUUUGUAAUUUAUGGUUUAUAAUCAUCCAAAGCUGCUUGAAUCAGUGAAAUAUUCAAUAACAAUAAGCUAUGAUAAAUAAGCUACACAAAUAGAUAUCAUUCAAAAUAAAUUCUGUCAAUACAUGUA